GAGGAGCUAGGCGCGGGCGAGCUCAGCGAGCUCAGCGAGCUGUAGCAGAAGCAGACGGCACUCAAUGGAUUUGGCGGCGUCCCCGUCCGCAGGGGAGUGUUAACCUUUUCCCCCAAGGAUUCUAUCGUAAAUGAUGGAGGUCGGCGCUCCGAAAACUAUCAAUGGCAGGGAGAAAAGUGUGGAGCAGAACAUGCAAUGCAGUAACUGUGCCUUGUACCUAUUGGUGGUCUCUGUUGUUGGAUCACUAAGUGUUGCUGGAAUAUCCUUGAUACCCCUUCAUCCGAGUGACCACAUUCCUAUUGCCCUUGGAGCUUGGCUUUCAGCACUUGGCCUAGUAUUUUUUGUUUCUUUAUUUGCUCUACUGAACCAUGUUGGACUUGAAACAAAAAUUGGGCAGCGUUGCCGUAAGAAGUAUCAGCUUAACAUAGGAGAGGUUCUCGACAUUUCUAACAAAAUUGUAUCUGCUGUUCAAGCUGUCUUAUCAUGUUUUACUGGGGUAGUUGUAUGUGCUUGGUCAUGCACAAGAAAUUUUCUCCGUUCUUCCCACUUUAUUUCAGAAGCGUAUGCAUGGUUUGGCGCAGCUUAUUUUUUUUAUGACAUUUGGUCUAUGUAUAAAGUUCAUUUGUGUACCGCUGUUAAUGGAGCUAUUAACGGCACUGUUAAUAAGGAGAAACAAAAAGGCCGUCUGAGCAAAGUUGCUGAUUUUCUUAUAAGACAACCUCUAAUAAUUCUACAUCACCUUUUUAUUGGAUCGUUUGGGUUUCUCCUGAUUGUGUAUCUGCGUGGUGGUCUGGGAGAUUGCGUAUUUGGGUUUGUCUAUCUCAUGGAGCUUAGCACCCCUUUUGUUUCAAUUCGUGGUAUCCUCAGUAAAUUAAAGAUGAAAGCAUCUAGCAUAUAUGUUAUAAAUGGGCUUACCAUGCUCUUAACAUUUUUCUUGUGUCGUUUGGCAAUGUUUCCGUAUGUUAUGUACAUGUACAGUGAAUUCAUCAACCAAUCAAUUUGGGAGGCAAUGAAGAGCCUUCCAACAGGUUGCAAAGUCAGCAUGGCUAUUUUAACAAUUCCACAGUUCUAUUGGUUCUCUUUGAUGACAAAGGGAGCUGUGUCUAUAUUUUCAAGCAAAAAAGGAAAUGGUGGUGCUCAACCUUGCAACUCUACUACAUGCAAACCACAUACGGCAGGUGGGGGUGACAUAAGAAGCUGAUCUUCUGUUGUGUUGUCAAUUAUUUUAGGAGUCAAACCUUAUGACUUUUUGCCCACUUAAGAGCACAACCUCAUUGCUUCCUCACUACAUGUUUUCUUCAAACAUCAAAAUGUUCAUGAAUUCUAAUGCUUAAUAUUUUAGAGACAGAGUUUUGUUUUCCUUGUGAAAUAUUCUUAUAAGUGCUUCCAUAAUGAGGGCAAAUGACUUCUACAUAGAAAUCUACCUGUUAUUCCGUCUCCAAUUAAAAACAGUAUUCUUGUACUGGGGCCACAGUUAUCUCAUGUACUUAUCUUUCCAAAUGUGAUUUGACUUUGUUAAGAUAUUUAAUGAUAUUCUGAAUGUCUUGUAAACAGCUUUCUCCAAACAGUAUGUAUUAAGAACGCACAAGUUUUUCUAGAGGAGUAUAGCUGCGCAAUUUUGCAAUGCAAAGGGCGCACUGUUAUUUUUAUCAGCAUUUGUAUGAAUGUCUUAUUGAUUGAUUAUUUAGCCCCCUCCACUUCCCUAUUCUCUCAUCAGCUGGAUGAGUGUUGACAGUAAUUGAAAUGUUGCCGCUAUGAAGUAUUCUGUUCCUGUAAAACCAAAGAUUAACCUUCAUGUAGUGAUAAGUUCUAGUUGGCAGCUACCUCUUUCCAUGUGCAGAUUCAGAACUUUUCUGUCUCCUUAUUACCAAUAUCCUGAGACCUUAUAUAAAUUCUUGGUUGAUGUUUACUCAUAAGGAAAAUGUUAAAUUUGACUGCUGGUUAUGUUCUGAUUUUACCGCUUUAAUUUACAUGGCCUAACAUGACGACUUUGUUAUGGAACAGAAUUUUCUUGCGAUGCCCCCCCUUUUUUUUUUCAAGAUUGUGGCAGGAUCAUAUGUUCUACAUUUACGAUGUUAAAGCAGUGUAACUCUUACCAAAUCGUCAUUUCAUUAGAUAUAUUUCAACAAUUAACAAGAACUUGCAAGAUUUUCUUUUCGCAUUUGAAUGACACAGUUUAUGGAAUUGUUAUCCUCUGCCGGUUCUCCCUGCCCCCAUCUACUGUAAGCUCAUACAGUGGGCCCCUUUUUAAGUGUUUUUUUUCAUUGCUAUGUUAAUUUGGAAUGCCUGUUUGUCUAGUUUGCACUAUUACUGUGCUUUUGCUACAUUGGCUGUGUCAGUGCUUGAAAAUGAUCACAAUUAUGUAUUCACAGUUGUAACCAAAGUAUCUGUGUAAACAGCUGUUCUUCACAAUUUUACUCUUUUAUUUUAUGUACUAUUGUGUACCGUAAAGUAUUUUUGUAUUUAUCUUAUCAUUUUAUUUAUUUUGGAGUUUCUAUCAUUUUCUCUGGGGUACGCAUUGUACUCUAAAUUAAUGUAUUUGCUUUUAUUCCCUUUAAUCGCAAGGUAACUCAUCUCAUAUGCUGCAAAAGAUUUCCAGACACAUUUACCUUCUAGUGCUUCCUGUCAUACGUAUAUCCCACAUCGCAAUUUCAAAAACAAUUCGGAAGGUUGAGCAUUAAAUAUUUAAUCUAUGUUUGAUACGCCUAAAGCUCACUUUAGUAAUUUGAUUGGGGAAUGGCUCUUGCUUCCUAUACCAGUGAGCUGUUUUGUCACACUUGUUUAACGAAGUCUGGUAACCUUUUUGUCAUAUUUACCUGUGUAUGAUCAAUUCUGUUUAUUUCUUUCAGUUCACAUAUUUUUGUUUGCAGUGUAUUCUUAAUGUGGUAUCUUAUGGUAUCACUUUGAUUUCCAACAAUGAAGUAGACUGAUCAAUGUCUAUCUUAUGUCUUACCAAUAAUGUUAAGUGUUCCUCUCACUUAUAUGCAAUUUUUGUUUAGUCGAGCUUGGAUGAACAAGCUGAGUAUUCGUUUUAAAUAUAAAUUGUUCUAGUGACAUUAUUUACCAGCAAUAUUGUUACAUGAUUGAAGGAUAGAGUAUGAAAAUGGUUAAUGUUUUUAAAAAUUAUCUGCAGGGUACAUGUUGUUUUCGUUCUAGCUUAGCCCUCUAAUUGAAUGUCAUAUAAAUAGGAGAGUGGGAUACCCUAUUUCACAAAAUUUUGAGCACCUUUACUUUAUUUACUUGAUUCUAAGCCACAUCCCAAAUUUUACAGUUGAAGUCAGAGGGGAAAAUCCUGAAAGACAGAUACUUGGUUCUAAGCUACCCUCUACUUAUGGGUUUCAAAAUCCGGAAAAGGGGUGUUACAUAGAAUUGAAUAAAAAUGGCAUCUUGGGAAGUGUGGAUUUGUGUGGUUACUUAAGUUGUGAAGUACACUUUCUUUACUUUUGUGGUACUAUUUCUAUUGUUAAGUUUGUUAACAUUUAAUAUUGAUAUUUCAUUGUCUGAACAAUCUUUGUUAUUUUAAAUGACUUUAAAUUAAUGUUGAAAAAGACAUUUGAAUUGAACUUUGAUGUUUCUUAUAAUUAUAUAUAAAGUGUGAUUACCUUUUGACUUAUAGUGAUGUGAUACAAUAUGAGAGACAAUCAACUUGAACCUGUCUUCUUACAUGGAACAGUGAUGUACCAAUUUGCUUAUUUUUUUUGCAGUUUUUUUUUUUUUUUAAUACACUUCCUUAAAUGUCAGUAUGAACCUGACAUUAAAUGUGAUAGAUUAAGUACCACAUAUAUUUACUGAACUCUGUAGAUGUUAACACUACUUUGCUCCAUUUCUAAUACAUAUACUUUUGCGGUAAAAUAAUGUGGUAUCCUCUUUAGAAGUAUGGGUAUGACCUAGUCUGUUGAUACUGUUACCGUCAGUUGUGCACUGGCUUUCGUGAGACUUAAAAAUUAAAACCAAAGUCUGCCUUUUGAAUAAAAUUAUUAAGUAAAGAAAGGGUUGAAAAUGUGUUUAUCGUUGAGUUUAUGUUGUUGGUUUGUCAUGAGCUCCUUGCUGUUUGUCUUGUGACUGCUAUUCUGUUCCCUUUUCACUGAAAGACGGCUUUUAUCUCUUCUGCAGAGACUCUUGCAGAUUAUUGUUUUGACUCCUCUUGAUGUUUUCACAGUUUGCCCAAAUGAGUAAUUAUCACUGUUUUCAUCUGGGGGAUUAGUUUUGCACUAUUUUAAACUUUUGAGUUGCGUUCCAACCUAGAAAUAUGUUGAAAAUUAGACAUAUUUUGAAGGUUUGUGGCAACGUUGGUUCUAUCAGGCAUUUCUUUUCUGUUGUCUUCCAUACUAUCCAUUUCAGGUACAUAUAUUUCUGGAAAGAGUUGUUGUCCCAACAACUACCUCUUUGUAUUUCAAUCUAGUCAGUGGAAUUGUGCAAGUAAAUCUACUGCAAUUGUUUUAAGGAAGAAAUCCUAUUGCUGCUUUACUAAAGGUUUUGUGACUGACUGUGGAAUCGCUAUUAAAAGCUAGCUUUGCUAUCUCAAACUUAUAAA